CUUAAGUAUUCAGUCACUCUCUCAUCCUUUCUCUCUCUGCACAUGUACUCUCUCUCAUCCCGUCUCUUCGGACAUGCACUUUCUCUCUCAUCCUACAAAAGCAAGCUCGAGCACCACUAUUCUUCAAGACAUGCACUCUCUCUCUCAUCGAGUGCAGCCCGCAAAAGCAAGCUCAAAAAAGUACGCUUCUCUGUUUCUCUCUCAUCAGGACAGGCACUUUCUCUCUCAUCGAUACAGAAUACAGACAUGGUGGAUGCACCUCGAAUCAUCCAGUAAAAAGUGAGACGGUCUCAAGUUAAAAGAUCACAAACUGUGGAUCACUCUGUAUCCCUUGAGAAUUCCAAGGGAAAUCCAAGUAAUGAUUAAGAGUUACCAGAUGAGACCAAGUUGAUGUUUUUAUGGUUUCGUGUUGGAGCAGAGGAGAUUUUAUGUUAGGUCACCCCAGAAAUGUCAUAUUGGAUUAUGUGUGCAUGAUAUUGAUGUAAAGGAGAUAUUUUUUUAGGGCUACCUUAUUUGGUAAUAGUAGAAGAUUUAUAGAACACCUUUUGGGUCAACCCAGAAGUUCAUAGGGCACCCCUUUUGAAUACUUUGAAAAAAAAAUAGGGCACCAUUUUUGUAAGAGUUCUGUAGGCCACCUGUUUACAGGGGAAAUUGCUCUUUAGAUCUCCUUAUAAGGAAGAGGAGAAAUUUUAGCCCAGAGAGAGAGAGAGGACACAAUUUUGGGGUAUAGAAGAACUUUUGAAGACACCCUUUUAGGAAUCAUGGUUCCAAAGCUUUGAUGAAUAUGGGAACUCAUUGCAAGACCAUUGUUUGGUUUAGGAGAGACCUGAGAAUUGAGGACAACCCUGCCUUAGCUCAAGCUGCUAGGGUAGGCUGUGUCCUACCAGUUUACAUAUGGUGCCCUAAAGAAGAAGGCCAAUUCUACCCUGGUCGGGUUUCUCGAUGGUGGCUUAAGCAGUCUCUUGUUCAUUUGGAUCAAUCUCUAAGGUCUCUUGGGGCUCCCCUUUUGCUGAUUAAAACUGAAGACACUCUUUCUGCCCUCUUAAGAUGCAUCAGUGCAAUUGGUGCCACCCAAGUUGUCUAUAACCAUCUCUAUGAUCCAGUGUCUCUUGUCCGAGAUCAUUGCGUUAAACAGAAGCUAGUGGAGCAAGGGAUUAUUGUGCAGAGUCUUAAUGGAGAUUUGCUAUAUGAGCCUUGGGAGGUUUACGAUGAUGAGGGACUGGCUUUUACGACCUUUGAUGAAUAUUGGAACAAGUGCAUCAGCAUGUCUGUUGAACCAGUCUGCCUUCUUCCUCCAAGGAGACUAGUCCCAGCCUCAGAAAAAAUGGUAGGCUGCACAAUCGAGGAGCUGGGUCUUGAAAAUGAAUACGAGAAAUCAAGCAAUGCACUCCUUAGCCGAGCUUGGUCUCCUGGUUGGUGCCAUGCUGACAAAGCACUCUCCGAGUUCAUUUCGCAACGCCUCGAAGAUUACUCAAUGAACAGGCUCAAGGCCGAAGGCCUUGGAACCGCUCUCUUAUCCCCUUACCUUCACUUUGGUGAACUAAGCAUAAGAAAAGUCCUUCAUAGUGUGAGAAUGAAGCAACUAUCCUGGGCUAGGGAGGGAAACUCAGAUGCAGAAGAGAGCGUCAACCUCUUUCUAAGAUCCAUUGGCUUCCGGGAAUAUUCUCGCUAUUUAUGCUUCAAUUUCCCGUUCACCCAUGAAAAAUCCUUGUUGGGUAACCUGAAGUUUUUUCCGUGGCGAACUGAUCAUUCUAAUUUCAAGGCCUGGAGGCAAGGGAGAACUGGUUACCCCUUAGUAGAUGCAGGUAUGAGAGAGCUUUGGGCGACUGGCUGGUUACACAAUAGAAUCAGAGUGGUGGUUUCGAGCUUUUGUGUGAAGUUCCUUCAACUUCCAUGGACAUGGGGUAUGAAGUAUUUUUGGGACACUUUAUUAGAUGCUGAUUUGGAGUGUGAUAUCCUUGGUUGGCAAUAUAUAUCAGGUAGUUUACCUGAUGGUCAUGAGCUAGAUCGCCUCGAUCAUCCAGAGGAUCAAGGCUACAAAUUUGAUCCAGAAGGUGAAUACGUGAGACAAUGGCUUCCCGAGCUUGCUCGAAUGCCCACCGAAUGGAUUCAUCACCCAUGGGAUGCUCCUGUGUCAGUUCUUAAAGCAGCUGGUGUAGAACUUGGUUUGAAUUAUCCGAACCCGAUUGUCGAAAUAGAUUCUGCCAAAGAAUGCUUGGCUCAAUCUCUCUCUAAGAUGUGGGAAUUGGAGGCAGCCUCAAGAACCGCGAAAGCUAAUGGUUCAGAUGAAAAUGUUGGGGACAAUUUAAACAGCAUUAAUGAAAUUCCCAAUGUUCCAAGGGUUGUAAUUAAGAAGAAAGAAGCUCCAGAAAGUUCUAGUUGGGAUCAGAGAGUUCCCACUGUUCAAAGUAUGCAUAAACGAAAUGGGGUCAAUAAUUUGGUGGGCGAGGAUGUAAAUAGAGUUAAUCUGAGGAAUCAGAUUAAUGGAGGUGAGGUGCUGAGCAGAAAUGAUGAAAUGAGUUCAACAGCUGACUCUUCUUCUAUUAGGAAGAGGAGCCUCAAUGAAAGUUGUUUCAAUGUCCCUUCUUCUAGUUUGCCUCAGAGUGGGUCAUGGCUGAAAGGUAUCGACAUUGACGAGGUCUCGACUAGUAAGGUUUGGCUGAAGGCAUCGAGCUGAGCUGGCCUUGCAAGCUAGCUAGCUUGGCUUGUCGACUCCCCUAUAAGUUUCAUUAAGUUGUAUCAGAGCUGAGUUAACAAGGCCUUAACCCCAACCGAAUAAUGCCUACUGAUGCUUUUGUUCAUUUUGAACUUCAGGGUGAAGAAGGGUUUGGUGCUCAUAUGAGACCGAAUUGUUUAAGGCCAUGCAAGAGGCCUGCUACAUUUGACCAUGAGACUUAACUCGAGGAAUGCCUCGUAUGUACAUUAUGUUUUCUGACAGUUUCAUGUUUUGGUCAUACAAAUAACCUUUCUUGUUCACUUAUGGUUAUAUGAGUAAUAAGAUGUCUUCUUUUCUGCUC